GCUAAAUCUCAAACGUUCAGAACCCAUUGCUCUUCUGUGGACGUACCAUUCUAUAUUUGUUAUUUGGAUGUUAUGGAUAGAAACAGUACUUACUCUCCAAUCACAUGGCCACCAAAGUUUUGGGGUGGUGAAAAUCAUGGCUAGAGGGAUGCAGGGACAAAUCCUCACCAUGGCGCAUGGCAACCCCCGAGCCAGAGCAGAUAACAAUAGCCUUCACAGUGUCCAUGGCGGUUGGACUGGUGAUUGGAGGGAUCAUCUGGGCGUUGUUCACUUGCUUGUCCCGUCGCAGAGCUAGCGCCCACAUUUCCCAGGGGAGCUCCUCAGCCUUCAGCCGUCGGUCCAGGCCUCCUUCCCAUGGCCAAACUUCUGGCAGGACUGGAUUUUACCGCAACAGCAGCUGUGAACGUCGGAGCAACCUCAGCCUGGCCAGCCUCACCUUCCAGCGGCAAGCCUCCUUAGAACAAGCCAACUCUUUCCCCAGGAAGUCAAGCUUCCGUGCGUCCACCUUCCACCCUUUCCUGCAGUGUCCUCCCCUCCCCGUGGAGACGAACAGUCAGCUCAUCACCCUCACUCCCACAAACACCACCACGACCCUGGUGGGAAGCACCACCAACAGCUUAAGUCGACCUGAAUUCCACUGGUCUAACAACAACCUCCGCAUCUGCCACUCCACACAAACCCCCCCUCCCGCCUAUGAAACCAUCAUUAAAGCUUUCCCAGACUCCUGAGGUGGGUCCUUGGCUGCAAACACGCACACGUAUUUUAGGAGGAACCUCAAUCAUCUCAACAAUUUUCUGUGUGUGAUAAAGAUCUCUGAGAAGUCUCCAGCUGCCAUUGCGGAGGGGACAUACAAUGCCGAGUGGCGGUAUGAGAACCCAACAACGGUGGUUACUUAGAGCACAAUAUCCCACUGUCCGAGGGAUCACUUGUCUUUGCACUGCUGGCUCUAAUUUACUGCUCUGCCAUACGCUUGCAUAUUUAUAGUGUUGUAUCUUUAAUUGUAACCAUUGUACUUUUUACUUUAAAAACAAGAAAAUUCUGCCACAUUAAAACAAAAUCAUUUCUUGAAAAAAGAGAUCAGUUAGGGUUACUGAUAUACACAUUUCUGCAAAAUUCACUAUUCUGUUGUUUGUUCUGUUGUUCAUUCUUUUUUUUUUAAGAAAAAAAAAUAAAUCCUGGUUCAUA